AACGCCUGGCAUAUAACUGUCAUGUUCGCACCAGAAGUGUUGGAUGAAGUUAUGGCCCUAAAAUCGAUUUUUUGCAACCCUAAAGAAUUUUUCUUGGUAAAUCCGACAUCAUUUGAUGAGCUUGAGGAAUCUUCAGGACCAAUCUCUUUCAAAAUUUCCGUCAGUUGUGUCGCAGGGGAAGACUUAAACACAGUGGGGAACAAGAGUCCUGUUUCACUUGUUGUGGAAAUGACUGUUGUAAUUUCACAAGAGUAUCCCAGAAAAUUACCACAAAUAUCACUAUCAUGUGCGGAAAUGUCGAGGAAAGACUUGAAUUCUUUGCGAAAAAAACUUUUGGAGUAUAUAAACGAUUGGCACAGUUCGAGUUCUGAGCCAAUGAUUAUGGAACUGGUUAUGUGGCUCCAAGAGAAUACUAAAGACUUUUUAUGUUCUGACAACAUAAGUACAGCGUCAAAGAGUGCAAGUGGUAAUUUAUGUGCCGAUAAAACCGUUAUUUUACUCAAGAUAGACCACAUGCGGAGUAAAAACCGCUACAUAAAAACCAUAACACGUUGGGUUCAAGAGCUAAAUUUAAGUGGAAGACUCUUCUUCGUAAGUUCUUUGAUCUUCCUUUUGCUGGCUGGGAAGGAUAGUGAUGUCAGAGAAUACUUACGAAGGCAUAAAACUUGCAAUGUUGAUGUUGACUCUGGAAAACCAUGUAAGGAAAGAAUGAUGAAUGUCUUGGUGCAGGAACAAGCUCCUAGUAAAUUGAGGAUUUCUGACUUUGACAAAGAAGAGUGCAUAUCUACCAUACAACUGACAGAAAGAUUUAUGGAACUACAACUUGGGGAUGUUUUUAAGGAAUACAUUAAGCCUUUGCUCUAAGUAAUAUGCAGGGGCCACUUAGAAAUUGAAAGUCCUAAUAAACAGUUUUUACAUAUUACCCUGUGUUUAUGUACAGUAUGGUGGUCAUAAGGAUGUCUGAAAACUUGAUGGCUCAUAUUGGCUGGAGUAAAGCUGGCUUUCUGUGCAAUGAGAAUUAAUGUAUGCCAGCAUCAUUUCUCCGAAGGAUGGAACUGUGAUGGAUUGUGAUAGUGAGCUCAAUUCAUCAGUGCCCACUGACACACCUAGACAGGGAGCUUCCAAGAAAAUUGCCAGUCAGCAGCUGAAAGCCACCAGUUUCCCUGGCUAAGAAACGAGGGGGCUGCUAGGUGAAUUUUGGCAGGUAAUCACUCCACAAAAAAUGGCUAACUAAUAUUAAGUUUCACAGUUGAAGUUAUUCAAGAACACAACAAACCACUUAAACAAAAUCAUCACAGUGUAGAACUGAAUCAUCACAUUGUAGAACUAAUCUAGUCAAAGCAAAUUCGUUGACAUGGAAAUAAAUUCCCAUUUGAAAAGUUCU